GCCAUGGAUUAAAAGUUUCUACAUUGCCGACGAUGGUGAUACAUACAUUUACCCAGGUCAGGACAAUGUAGUUCUUGGUGGAACUCGGCAGCGAGGCGAGGAGAGAUUAGAGAAAGACCAAAAGUACUAUGACGACAUCAUGAGGCGAUGUUGUAAUCUAGUUCCUUCACUCAAACACGCGGAGAUCGAGCGUACCUGGGUAGGACUGAGACCUUGGAGAUCGGGAGGGGUACGACUGGAAGUGGAGACCAUCCCUAUCAGAGGCAGGCCUGUUCCUGUGGUGCAUAAUUACGGACAUGGAUCAGAUGGUGUCUGUCUAAGCUGGGGGUGUGGAGUACAUGCAGCAUGUCUUGUUAAACAGCAGCUUAAUCAACAGAAUGCUCAUCAGAAACUCUCCAAGUUAUGAAACAAGGAAUCAAACCAAGUCCAAAUACCGGGUAUUUAAUUAUCCAGUUGUUGAUGAUUAUAUCAGAAUUAUGCUGAAUGUAUCACUGAUGUUUUACUUAAGAAUCAAGAUUGCUUUUUUCCCUCAUAAAACUUAUAAAACUAUGCAAUUUUUUUUUUAACUAUAGGCAAUUUUUCCCAAAAUUGACGUUUUUUACUUUAUGACUGCGUAUAAACCUGAAGUUGAAUAACUGUUUAUCAAAUCUGAAAAACUGUUAAAUAAAUAUCCAAAUACUGAAUAAUUCAUACCGAAUAAAAAGAGCGAAGGCAGAUUUGACUGGCAUUUGAAAGAAAUCUAGAAACUUUUGACAAGUGAACAAUUUUCUAAUCUAUUGGGUUCCUGUGAAACAAAUAUUUUGAGUUUUAUAAUAAAUUAUUUAUGAUCACUGACGCAAGUGUAUUUUAGAGCCUUGAAAAUAUAAAUGUGUAUUUUAUGAUAAAGGAAUUCUAUGAAUUCUGUACUAAUUUAUAAUUAUCAUCUGGACUUCCAGAUUUUGGAUAAAUUUUAAGACGUUUAUAGUAUCUAUGCAUACUAGUAUAUUAUCAGCUUAAAAGCAAUGUUUUACAUAUUAUGUUAUUAAAACUUAUUGUGUGACUGUACAAAGUGUAAUUUAUAGGAAGUAUUUGAUUCACAUGUUAAUUAAAUAACAGACCCUAACAGGAGAUUUAUUUUAUACUGUAUAUGCAUUCAAUCAAAAGCAAAAAUAACCCUGUAACAAUAGCAAAAAAAAAAAAAAAAGCAGAUGGUACUGUCGGAAAAUAAAUGGCAGAAAAACAAGAAGGCCAAUAUUUAGAUCCCCUAAAUUGGUUUUGCUGAUUAGAAACAUAUAUAUGUAGCACUGUCUCACACAUUGGUAAUAUCUGAUAAUUAUUUUAGUCAAUAAAACUUAUCAAUUUCUAAA